AUUAAUUCUCACGUAUGGGCCGCCGAAGUGCGUGUCACCCUUGAACCGUCCCGUCGCCGUGAGUGUUUCCCGCUCCCGGAAGACCCCAGUCCGCAGACCACCGCAAGCGUUAUGCUCUUUGACGCCGGCGCGUGGAGAAUUUUAACUUGACUAGCAUUAGCUCCCUGCCAGAGAUUUAGCUCAAUGGCAAAGCUACAACAUUAGCUUUCUUAAAUGAGGGCAGCGGGGACAGCGGAAACAUGCGAAGGGUAGAAUCAAGAACAAAGGCUCCCUUCAGUUUGAGGAUAAAUGGGACCUGAUGCGUCCCAUCGUACUAAAGCUGUUAAGGCAAGAGUCGGUCACAAAGCAGCAGUGGUUCGACCUUUUCUCAGACGUCCAUGCUGUCUGCCUGUGGGACGACAAAGGCCCCGCCAAAAUCCACCAGGCCCUUAAAGAGGACAUCCUAGAGUUCAUCAAACAAGCGCAAGCACGGGUGCUGAGUCACCAGGAUGACACGGCCCUGCUGAAGGCCUACAUCGUGGAGUGGCGCAAGUUCUUCACGCAAUGCGACAUCUUGCCCAAGCCAUUCUGCCAGUUGGAGAUCACACUGAUGGGCAAACAGGGCAGCAACAAGAAGUCCAACAUGGAGGACAGCAUCGUCCGGAAACUGAUGUUGGACACGUGGAACGAGUCAAUCUUCUCCAACAUUAAGAACAGGUUACAAGACAGCGCAAUGAAGCUGGUCCACGCCGAGCGGCUGGGGGAGGCCUUCGAUUCGCAGUUGGUCAUCGGAGUGCGAGAGUCCUACGUGAACUUGUGCUCGAAUCCCGAGGACAAGCUGCAGAUCUACAGGGAUAACUUUGAAAAAGCCUACAUGGAUUCCACUGAGCGCUUCUACAGAACGCAGGCGCCCGCCUACCUCCAACAAAACGGCGUCCAGAACUACAUGAAAUAUGCUGAUUCCAAGCUGAGGGAAGAGGAGAAACGUGCACUACGAUAUCUGGAGACAAGGCGUGACUGCAACUCUGUACAAGCGUUAAUGGAGUGUUGCGUCAACGCUCUGGUAACGUCCUUCAAGGAGACCAUCUUAGCCGAGUGUCCGGGCAUGAUCAAGAGGAAUGAAACGGAAAAGCUGCACCUGAUGUUCUCGCUGAUGGACAAAGUGCCGAGCGGCAUCGAGCCCAUGCUUAAGGACCUGGAGGAACACAUCAUGAGCGCCGGCCUUGCAGACAUGGUGGCCUCCGCCGAGACCAUCACCUCUGACUCCGAGAAGUACGUGGAGCAACUGCUCACGUUGUUCAAUCGCUUCAGUCGGCUGGUGAAAGAAGCCUUCCAGGACGACCCUCGUUUCCUCACCGCCAGAGACAAAGCCUAUAAAGCCGUCGUCAACGAUGCCACGAUAUUUAAAUUAGAACUUCCCAUGAAACAGAAAGGUGUGGGCUUGAAAACACAACCUGAGUCAAAGUGUCCAGAGCUGCUGGCCAACUACUGCGACAUGCUGCUCAGGAAGACUCCACUUAGCAAGAAGCUCACGUCGGAGGAGAUUGAGGCCAAGCUCAAGGAAGUGUUGUUAGUUCUGAAGUACGUCCAGAACAAAGAUGUGUUCAUGCGCUACCACAAGGCCCACCUGACCCGCCGCCUCAUCCUGGACAUCUCGGCAGACAGCGAAAUUGAGGAGAACAUGGUCGAGUGGCUCAGGGAAGUGGGAAUGCCGGCGGACUACGUCAACAAGCUGGCCAGGAUGUUUCAGGACAUUAAAGUGUCCGAGGACCUCAAUCAGUCUUUCAAAGAAAUGCAUAAACACAACAAGCUGGCACUACCAGCUGACUCGGUCAACAUCAAGAUCCUGAAUGCUGGCGCUUGGUCACGGAGCAGCGAGAAAGUCUUUGUCUCGCUGCCCACGGAGCUGGAGGACUUGAUCCCGGAGGUGGAAGACUUCUACAAGAAGAACCACAGCGGACGCAAAUUACAUUGGCAUCACCUCAUGUCCAACGGCAUUAUCACCUUCAAGAACGAAGUGGGCCAGUAUGACCUGGAGGUGACGACCUUCCAGCUGGCUGUGCUCUUCGCCUGGAACCAGAGACCCCGGGAGAGGAUCAGCUUCGAGAACCUCAAACUCGCCACCGAGCUGCCCGACGCAGAGCUGCGACGCACACUCUGGUCCCUGGUGGCUUUUCCCAAGCUCAAGCGGCAGGUGCUCUCCUAUGACCCCGCGGUGUCGUCGCCCAAAGACUUUGCCGAAGGAACGUUAUUCUAUGUCAAUCAAGAGUUUUCUCUUAUAAAAAACUCAAAAGUUCAGAAACGGGGAAAGAUCAACCUGAUCGGCCGACUGCAGCUCACCACGGAGAGAAUGCGAGAGGAGGAGAACGAGGGCAUCGUCCAGCUCAGGAUACUCCGAACACAGGAGGCCAUCAUCCAGAUCAUGAAAAUGAGGAAACGCAUCAACAAUGCGCAGCUACAAACCGAGCUAGUAGAGAUCUUAAAGAACAUGUUUUUACCACAGAAGAAGAUGAUCAAGGAGCAGAUUGAGUGGCUAAUCGACCACAAAUACAUCAAGCGGGACGAGGCCGACAUAAACACCUUCAUCUACAUGGCAUAGCACAACGGUUUGGAAUUUUUGGCUUCUUUUUUUUUUUUUUCUUCGCCCCUCCUCAAUCGGGCCUGAUGGACGCUAGAAGAAUACUUCCAGGCCCCCUUGACCAUCAGCCCCCACCGCGCCCCCGUCCUCUUAUUUAAAAUGAAAUCCUGUGCAGGGAGGCAUGAAUCAACUGACUAUUUAAAAACACUUCCUGCCUUAAACUUGUAUGAAGAGGAAAAGCAAAGUCUGCACCUAGUGGUUGUAACUGUUUUUAUUUGGAAGGCUGUAUUUCAUGCUUUGUUUUACUCCUUUCGGAAUGCUACUACGGUGUGCUGGCUUGCUCGCUCCCACCCGACGCUUGUGGAAUUCUACAGACAAACACUGGAGGAUCUUGGUGGUGGUGGGGAGUGGGGGCGAUAAACACCCAUGCUCCACUUUUUGUGUGUUUUCCAGUGCGAGCGAAGCCUCCACAGCGCUUCGAAUACAACUCGUCGCUUCAAGGCACUGUGGGGGUUUGGGGUUUGUUUGUGUUGUUGUUGUGAGAGUAAGUAUCACUUAAUCAGGACUUCUUUUUUUUUUUUCGUACAGUGCCAGAUCGACACAUCAGCCUCUUUUACCCCCCCAGGAUUCAAAUCUUGAGUUUUCAGAAGGGUGAUAAAGAAAGCUGUAGGACGGACGUUUUGGAUUUCGAAAUGUCCUAUGGGUCAACGAAGGUCAGUGUCGGAGGUUCAAAGCGUGUGAGGAGAAGCCCAAGUCAGUAUUAAGUUUUAAGAGCUUUUCAGCGGUGUGUACCGUGAGAUGUGAAUAAAUAAAAUAAACAGCACCUUAACAUGAAA